CGGUGCGGACGGGUCAGGAGCGUAGAGGCGGCGGCAAAAUGGCGGCGCCUGAGGAGCAGGAUCUAACUCAGGAGCAGACCGAGAAGCUGCUGCAGUUUCAGGAUCUGACGGGCAUAGAGUCCAUGGAGCAGUGUCGCCUUGCCUUGGAGCAGCAUGACUGGAACAUGGAGGCUGCAGUGCAGGACAGACUGAAUGAGCAAGAAGGUGUACCGAGUGUUUUCAAUCCACCUCCAUCCAGACCCCUACAGGUUAAUACAGCCGAUCACAGGAUCUACAGCUAUGUUGUCUCAAGACCGCAACCAAGGGGCCUGCUUGGAUGGGGUUACUACUUGAUAAUGCUUCCAUUCCGGUUUACCUAUUACACAAUACUUGAUAUAUUUAGGUUUGCUCUUCGUUUUAUACGGCCUGACCCUCGCAGCCGGGUCACUGACCCUGUUGGGGACAUUGUUUCAUUUAUGCACUCUUUUGAAGAGAAAUAUGGGAGGGCACACCCUGUCUUCUACCAGGGAACGUACAGCCAGGCACUUAACGAUGCCAAGCGGGAACUUCGAUUUCUUUUGGUCUAUCUUCAUGGAGAUGACCACCAGGACUCGGAUGAGUUCUGUCGCAAUACUCUCUGUGCACCUGAAGUUAUCUCACUAAUAAACAGCAGGAUGCUUUUUUGGGCUUGUUCUACCAACAAACCUGAGGGGUACAGGGUCUCACAGGCGUUACGAGAGAACACCUAUCCAUUUCUGGCUGUGAUCAUGCUGAAGGAUCGCCGCAUGACUGUGGUAGGACGGCUGGAAGGCCUCAUCCAGCCCGAUGACCUCAUCAGCCAGCUGACAUUUAUUAUGGAUGCAAACCAGACUUACCUGGUGUCAGAACGCCUAGAGAGGGAAGAAAGGAACCAGACCCAAGUGCUGAGACAACAGCAGGAUGAAGCCUACCUGGCUUCUCUCAGGGCAGACCAGGAGAAAGAACGGAAAAAGAGGGAAGAACGGGAGCGGAAACGCCGAAAGGAGGAGGAGGUGCAGCAGCAGAAGCUGGCAGAGGAAAGAAGGCGACAGAACUUGCAGGAGGAAAAGGAAAGGAAGUUGGAAUGCCUGCCUCCUGAGCCCUCGCCUGACGACCCCGAAAGUGUCAAGAUCAUUUUCAAGUUACCCAAUGAUUCCAGAGUAGAGAGACGGUUCCAUUUCUCACAGUCUCUGACAGUCAUCCAUGACUUCUUAUUUUCCUUGAAGGAAAGCCCUGAAAAGUUUCAGAUUGAAGCCAACUUUCCAAGACGGGUACUGCCCUGCGUCCCUUCAGAGGAAUGGCCCAACCCCCCGACACUGCAGGAGGCAGGACUCAGCCACACAGAGGUUCUUUUUGUUCAGGACCUGACAGACGAAUGACACUUUUCUGCUUCCUCCCUCCCACCCCAAUCCCUAAAAGAAAUGGAAAAACAAAAACGGAACAAGAGAUAAAUUCAUAUUAUUAUAAUACAAUAUUUUUUUUAAAAAACUGCUGCAUCCUAUGGAGGGAUCAGAAACCAUGCUGCCUGCAAGAGUCACAGCCUGUGCGCGCGCAAGGUCAGCGACGAACAUGCCUGCUCGGCCUCACCUUCCACGGCCUCCAGCACACCCUCCCAGUGGAGGCUCUCACCUCUAGCCCAGCCGAUGUCCCGAGUGGGAAGGAGACAUUCCCACGGUUUCUCAUUCAUUCUUGCUUUUAUAGAGAAUACGAGUGAACCCCUCCAUCGGCCUGCUACAGCAGCAUCUCCUGAGGACUUGCUUCUCCCACUUCUGGAGGGAGAGGGGAGAGUACAGAACAGACUGCCCACAGCUUAUGACUGACUUUGUUUCUGUUUGCUUUGUAAUGAUAAUGACCAAAGGAAUGAGGCUGACUUAGGUGGUUUUUUUUGUUGUUGUUGUUGUUUUCUUUAAAUUUAUUUGAUAAAGAGCCAAUGCCCUGGGCUCCUUAGCCCAAGGUAGUGUAAUAAAGGUGCCCUGGGCUAAUUUGUGCUUAUUUCUGCCAUUGUUCCUCUCAUUCCCAGAGAGGCCGUUUGCUCUGGUAGAGCUCUGCCACUUUUGUAUCCCAUUUGGAGCAAUGAGAGGAGUAUGGCCCACAGAGGCUGUGUGCACAGUUCACACCCGUGGGGGGUGCUCAUUUGCACACUGCAGCUGUUCGUUGGCAUCUGUACCAAGUGGUGGUAUAGAGGUCUGAACCAAAGGAUGGCAGCUCCUGGCUUGCCUCUGACGGCACAUGCUGCUCUUCCCGAUUUCCCUAACUUGCCAAGCUCGGUGCCUUUCCAAAGCACUAGCGGGACCCCCCCUCAGGCCCCCACUCCACCUGUGGCUGCUCUCCCUGUUUGAGUGCAAGUGUGAUGAUGUUUACCGUGCAUAGACCCAGAGCAGGCCUGGCGGCACACACCUCUAGUCCCAGCACGUCGAGGCAGAGGCAGGCAGCCUCCAGGCCAGCCGGAGCUACCCAGUGAGACCCUGUCUCAAAGAAAGGUUUGAAGCAGAAACUUUAAGGGGAAUCAGACCCCAGCCUUGGCCCGUUGCUGGAAGGCACAUUCCGUAUUCCGACAAGGCCAGUUAGCAGAGUCGGUCUUCAGCCUUCCUCAUGGCCAGGGUAAAACAGCAGGAGUGUUUUUCUUUCUGUGUAAAUGUCUCGUCUGUGGUUGAGUUUUGGUAGUGAGUACGUGGUUGAGCCAUGUAUUGACACAUGCCAGUGUGCACUAACAAGUAUUGUGGUGUGGACUAGCUAGGCCGGUCCAGGCUUGACACACUGCAGCCCUCUAGGACGGUCCUGUGGUCACUAGUGUGCUGUGAGGCAAUGCGUUCCAGGCGACAGAAAGCAGGGCUGUGUUGCUCCUCUCUAGAAGGCCCUCCUACCUGCAGCUCUGCCUUCUGUGACGGGCACGUGCUGCUGCCCUCUGCAGCUCUCCACAGAAGGGAGCCUGGGAAUGCGGCUUUAGCGCCAGAGGUUCUACCUUGGGAUGUUAACACUGUAGCUGUCUGCAGGCUGGGUGAGAGAGCACAUCUGAUGCCAGCACCGCUGUGAAGGCGUCAGGGGAGCCUCUGAAGCUGUGCAGAGGGUCCUCCCCUUAGAGCCUCCCUCCCAGUUCCUGGUCCCGUCUCUGCCUGGCACAUGGGCACGUGUACUGUGGAAGUAUCUUGUGACAAGUUCUGGGGUUUUUUUCUUAGUCUCAUUCUGUAAUGUGUACAUUUUAUGCCUCUUGCCUUUUGAUAGCUGCAAAAAGAUGCCAGACUAAUAAAACAAGGGCCAUCUGUUGCCCCGACUCUGA